UAUCAUAACCACAGACAUAACACAUGAGAAUAAAUUGUGUCAAGUUUCUUACCGCUGUCAUUUGACGAACUUUCAUUAUCCAUUGUAUCGAAUUUGUUUUUUAGGUGAUAUUUAAACUGUUUAAUUAAUUUACAGUUAAAAAGUAUGGCGGAUACGACAGUGGACGCUACACGUCGUUUAAAUGUUAAAAAACAGACUCUGGAUGAUGCUUAUGCAGCGCCUGCAAAUUUUCUCGAAAUUGAUGUGAUUAAUCCAAUCACACACGGCGUCGGCAAAAAACGAUACACUGAUUAUGAAGUUCGCAUGAGGACAAAUCUUCCAGUUUUUAAAGUAAAAGAUUCUACAGUAAGAAGAAGAUAUAGUGAUUUUGAAUGGUUAAGAACUGAAUUAGAAAGAGAUAGCAAGAUAGUAGUGCCUCCAUUACCAGGAAAGGCUUGGAAACGUCAAAUGCCAUUUCGAGGAGAUGAUGGUAUUUUUGAAGAAGAUUUUAUUGAAGAUCGAAGAAAAGGUUUAGAAGCUUUUGUUAAUAAAAUAGCAGGACAUCCAUUAGCACAAAAUGAACGAUGUUUACAUAUGUUUCUACAAGAACCUGUAAUAGACAAGAAUUACGUACCUGGAAAAAUACGUAAUACAUAAGUUACAAUAAUUCUUA